AACACAGACAUAACAGUAGGAGUGAUCUAAACCUUCUACACGCAAACAUAUCGCCGAAUGCACUGUUGAGCAGACAAAAAGAUUCGCGUUAGAUACAUUUUAAAGUGGAUUUCUGUAAUCAGCCAUGGAAGAACUCACGGCGUUCGUGUCGAAAUCAUUCGAUCAGAAAAGCAAGGAGAGCAGCAAAGAGAGCAUCACGUACAGGGAAGUUUUGGAGAGUGGUUUAGCCCGAGCCAGAGAGCUGGGAAACUCGGAGACCAACCUUCAGGAGAUUACAGAAACCAACAACAACCAUUGUCCGGUACACCUUUACAAGGAGCACGUAGAGCUGGAAAAGGAGAAACUGAAGGAGUUUAACGUGACACGGGCUACUGACGGAAUUUAUGACUGCAAAGACAAGAAGGAGGACGUGAAAUCAGAGGACGAGGACGCACAGAGUAAACUGAAGCAGAGACGGAGCAGGACAAAUUUUACCUUAGAGCAGCUGAAUGAACUGGAGCGCUUAUUUGAUGAGACGCAUUACCCAGACGCCUUCAUGCGCGAGGAGUUGAGUCAGAGGCUGGGGCUGUCAGAGGCCCGCGUGCAGGUAUGGUUUCAGAACAGAAGAGCGAAAUGCCGAAAACAGGAAAAUCAAAUGCACAAAGGUGUUAUUUUGGGCACCGCGAGUCACCUGGACGCGUGCAGGGUCGCUCCUUACGUCAAUAUGGGCGCACUCAGAAUGCCAUUUCAACAGGUCCAAGCUCAGCUACAGUUGGAAGGGGUCGGAACACACUCCCAUCCUCACCUGCACCCACACCUCGCAGCCCACGCUCCCUAUCUGAUGUUCCCGCCCCCACCCUUUGGAUUACCAAUCGCGUCGCUGGCAGACUCGGCCUCUGCGGCGGCAGCCGUGGUAGCAGCUGCCAAGAGCAAUAGCAAGAACUCCAGCAUCGCUGACCUGCGACUCAAGGCAGGACUUCUUGGAGGCCACUGGCUCAGCCCUUUCCAGGCACAGAUCACAGCCCCAGGACCAUACAAAAAUGUCUGGAUGUCUGUCUGAGAACCAGCGUUUAGGAGAGAAGACUUUAAAAAAAAAGCAAAAGGCAGACACAGAGUGAGGCUAGAGGUUGUGUUUUUACGGAAAGACACUGAAACUUUGGAAUCUCAACCUCAAAGUGAAAAGAAAGAGACGGCCAUAUUUGCCUCCUACCACUGUGCCGCUGCCUAGUGCACGUGCUCAAUUGAAGGAUAGACCUAUUGGGGCUGGCCUCCAUUGUAACUGACAUACAUCUGUGUUGAUCACUGCCAUGAUAACCCUCCACUACAAUUCAUAUCUAAAGCCGUUAUUUGCAUUUUUGCAUUUUUGUUUUUCAUUGUUCAUUCUGCUGUGGACAAAGA